GGGCACAAAGUUUUUAGGAAGUUCAAGUCUUUUCAAAAUAUUUUUAAAAGUCCCCUUUGGGAGUUUACAUCUCUCUCCUAUGCAUAGGGCACUAUGUCUCCCAAAAUUGUACUGAUAACAGGUUGUUCAUCCGGCAUUGGGCUGGCUUUGGCUGCUAAACUAGCAAAAGAUAAGCAGAGGAGGUUCAAAGUUUUUGCCACAAUGAGGAACAUUACCAAGAAAGAAAAGCUGGAAGCAGCCAUAGGGCUAGCACUCAACCAGACUCUAGAGAUCAAACAGUUGGAUGUCUGCGAUGAAAAAUCCAUCCAGAACUGCAUUAACAGCAUUCCUCAGAGACAUAUUGAUAUCCUCAUCAACAAUGCUGGGCUGGGCUCCAUUGGUCCUAUUGAGUGUCAAUCAAUUGAAGAGAUGAAGGCUAUAAUGGAAACCAACUUCUUUGGUGUAGUAAGGAUGAUUAAAGAGGUCUUGCCAGACAUGAAGAAAAGGAGGAGUGGGCACAUUGUGGUCAUCAGUAGUGUCCUGGGUUUGCAAGGCAUCAUUUUCAACGACAUCUAUGCUGCGUCCAAAUUUGCCAUUGAAGGCUUCUGUGAAAGCCUUAUCAUCCAAGCUCUCAGAUUUAAUAUCUUUGUUAGCUUGAUAGAGCCUGGUCCAGUGGUGACUGAGUUUGAGAUGAAAAUCUAUGAAGAUGCAGAGAAAGCUGACUAUUCCCAGACAGAUCCCGAGACUGCUGAAAUAUUUUCUCAGAUUUAUCUCAAAAAUUCCAAAGCUAUCUUCUCCAGCCUGAGUCAAACACCUGAAGAUGUAACUGAGCAUAUCCUAAAGGUCAUUUGUAUGGCCAGGCCGCCCUUCCGUCACCAGACUAAUGCCAUGUAUACCCCCAUGAUGGCUCUCAAGCAAGCGGAUUCCACUGGGGCCCUGAUGACAGACUCGUUCUAUAAAUUGAUCUUCAGAUACAACAACCUUUUGCGCAUUAGCCUAAGAGCCAUCCAGCUCCUCCGCUGGCAAGCACGCAAAGUGAAACAAGGUGCCCGAUUGCUGGGCUUCAGAUGA